AUGGAUACUAUUGACUUCUUCCAGCCAAAAUGGCUCCUGAGGUAUUAUGAUGUUAUCGGAGUGUGUUCCUUGGUGUUAAACUCCCUCGGCUUAUACUUACUAUUAUUUGAAACUCUAAAACUUGGAAGGUUCAGAUAUUACUUGAUGUUGUUGCAGAUUUCAUGUGCACUGACAGACGUUCACCUUACAUUUCUCAUGAAACCAGUCACGUUGUGUCCAUUUUUAGCCGUUUACACUGUUGGAGCGUUAUCCACAUAUUUUAAUAUAUCAGCACAUAUUUGUGUGAUAAUGGUUGGGUUCUUUGCGUUAAUCCAGUUGGAAAGUUUGAUUUUCUGUUUUGCAAAAAAACAUCAAGCCCUUGCAUUUGUUUUAAGAAUUCACAUUUUACCGAAUAUUAUGCUGUACUUCUAUUAUCUAAUGUGUAUAAUCUGCCCAUUCGUACUUUGUGGCGUGCUACAUCACUUGUAUAUACCAACAGAGCAACAGUUGGAUUAUAUCGAAAAGAACUUUCCCGAAACUCUUCCUGGCUUUCUAAGUUUGAGUCAUUUUGUCUUGUAUAUCAAAUCGGAUAAUCUGACUGGAUUUUAUUUCUGUCUUUUCAUCGGAGGUUUUGGGUUGUGUUCGCUCUUUCUCUUCUUCAUCAUUGACAUGUUGGGACUAAUGAAAGACCUGAAACUGAGAUUAUCAACUGCCACUUAUCAAAAACAUCACGAGGCAAUUCAAAGUUUAAUGGUUCAAUUCUUCACUUCUCUUAUGUGUAUUGGACCUCCUUGUAUACUUCUGGUGAUUGUUUUCAUGGAGUUGAAUCAUGGACAACUAGCAUCUCAAAUCUUAAUUGCAUGGUUCACAAGUCAUUCCUCGGUUAACAUGGUCUGCUUAUGUCUCUUUUUUCCUCCGUAUCGAAGAUUUUUCUUGGCAAAGUCGAAAAAAAACAAAGAGCAGAUUGUCCGAGUUGUUGCGUCAUCAAUUAUUGCAAGGCAUAACUAA